AUGUCGCGUGAGGCGACCACAUUGCUGGGAGAGGAUCAUCGACAGGCUAACAACAUGUUCGAUUUGGCCCACAAGAGCAACAUGGACAUACCAGUACUCCAUGGUGACCUCCAGAAGUAUUAG